CCUUCGUCGCACUCGUUUUUCGAUUCCAAACCUCAACGCGCGACACUCGCGUAAGACUCUCAUAUCCAAUGCCAUGAGGGUGUCCUGAACACUUGUCAUGUUGCUCUAUUAGCAGCAAUGUCGUUCGAAUCAUCAUUUCCAGGAAACGCGUCCAGGCUCUUACCUCAGCCUGGAUCUUUGGAAUAUAUAAACAGACCGAACCCAGUUGAACCCAGUGAUUUGAGCCAUGGCAUAUUCGAUGGAAGUGCUCGCGAACUUGACAGGACAACUAACGAGCAGCUGAAUCCUUUCUUGCUGGGCAAUCGGUUACGCCAGCGCAAUGACCUCGCACCGGAUGCUACAAGACUUGCAAGACAUUCACACCACCAAUCUUCUGGCUCUUCGAUUGCUGCUGUACUCAAUGAUGACGAAACAUCUCUCCGAUCAAGAGAGCAUGCGUCCCAUAGACGAGAUGGCGACCAAGCUCUCUUCACAUUGCCAAAGCUGCCAACCAAGCGACAUGCAAAGCGACAUCGUGUGCCUCCAGUCUUGCAAGGUCUUCAUCAGCCCCCGCCAGAUGCUGGAAUUCUACCCUCUAUCAGUACAGAGGAAUCACAAGUUUUUCUCUCUACUUCACGGAGCAGUAAAGCUGUCCCGACCCCAAAUCCCGGUGGGGACACAACUUCGACUGUGGCUCAGAAGGAACCAAUGGCGUCUAUCGAGAUAGCCCAAGGGACUCCGGACAAACGCUCACGGCGCAAUGUGUGGACAGGUCAGGAGACCGACGAUCUUUUAUCAGGAGUAUCUAGGUUCGGCAUCGGUAAUUGGAAGAAAAUAUUGCUUUGCUCGGACUACAAGUUUCAUAAGAGGACGGCUGUGGAUCUCAAAGACAGGUAUCCAAGUACCUAAGCCUUCUAUAUUGAUGCUGGGCUCAUGUUAUCCCAGAUUUAGAGUAUGCCGUCCGGAUGCCUAUGGAGGCGCGAGGAAGACCAGGAAGAAGAGAAACUCUACAGAAGAAGUCACGACUACCGAAAAGCCCAAG